AUGGCUUCUUUGGACGACUAUAUGAUUCAGACUCCUGCGGACGAAUGGUCACUUCUAGGCUUCCUUAUUUUUCGCAAGAGACAAGAUGAUUUCUCGGGAAUAAAGGAUAAAGAACAUUACAGAUUCCAAAUGAGUUUGCUAGCCGUGCAGUCAUGCGAUAUAUUCACCACAGUUGAAAAGGCAAAGGCAACAUGUUGCCUCAACAAUUUCAAGAAAGAGAUUAACGAAGAAAAUGUUUGUCGUUUUUGGCGUAUCACCAUUCGAGAAAAGCAAGAGUCAAAAUUAAUCACUCUUGAGGGUGAAAUCAAGAUUUCUCAAAAAAAGAAAAAUUUGCUGGUUGAACGUGUGGCCCUUCAGCAUACUGAGCUGCUAUACGCUACCGCACAAGAAGCCGGGAAGCAAUCGCAGAUUGCACAACAAAAAAUAACUAAUGAAUUGAAACGACCAGCUGAGGAAGCUUCUCCUGUCAUUACAACUCCUCCCAACCUUCGUGUUCGCUCCCCCCCUCCAUUUUAUAACAACGAGGAUAAUUCUUUUGGCGAUUACAACGAAGAAUCAAACGAAGUUGAGGAUGCAUCAACUGAGGCCUCUCCAGAUGAGAUAGACAUUUUGACCAGUUCUGAGUUCGAAAAUAUUAAUAAGCCUAUCGACAAUCCGGAUAAAGAGGGUGUAGAGUCAGAUGAUUUGGAAUUUACUGAUUCUUCAAUUUCGAAUGAAUCCAAAAAGUCAAAGAUGAUCCUCUCGUGGAAGCACGUUACUGAGAAAAUUAUAAUUGAUCGUAGUUCGGAUCAUGAUUGGAUCAUGAAUGGAUACAAUAUUUCCGAAGACUUUCGUGAAUUUCAAACACAAACUGUGGAACAGUUAAAGAACAACCCAUCCUUCUCGUACGCCACAGAUGUUGACAAAAUAUUAUGUCUCUCUUCGAUAAUGUAUGUGAAAGAAGACAAACCCGAGUAUGUCAAAUGCUCUGAUCAGAUCUGGAAGAGUGUUAUGCCUAGUCUACUAACCCCCGAAACAUUACCAGUUGUUGUUAAGCUCAUGAUCUUGGAGUAUAGCGAGAUUCUAAUGAAUAAAGAUUUGUUACUAAAAACAUGGCAUCAAAAUUGGGCAAAAUGGGACCCCGCAAUGACCGAGGAAGAGAAGAAAAUAUUUGACUGCGUACAACUUGUUAUGAGAAACUUUUUCUUGACCUUAACAUCAAAUGGCAUCGAUCAUAAAAUGGACGAAGAUACUUUCGCCCAUAGAUAUUUCCAUUUAUUGUUAGAGGAAAUUUUUAACACAAAUGAUUAUAAAUUUGUUUGGGCCAACGGAGAGUCUUCGAGCUCUAAAAACCGACGGAAAGCCGACAAUCACAUGCACGGAAGGAAACCUGAUUUUCGGGUUCUCUUCAGUAAAGAAGAUAAAAAAUACGAAAUCACCUAUGGAGAAAUAAAGCCUCCAUCUACACCUAAUAAUGUUGUGAAUAAAGCGUUGAUAAAACUCGCCGAGUUCAUGAAGGGAUCCUUGGAUGAUAUAGGUAACAAACCGGGAUUUGAAACAUUUAGCAUACUCGUUAAUGGUUCCCAUGUUAAAUUAUUUAGCAUGGAUCUCAAUUUCGAUGGUGUAUACCGUCUUAACCAAAUUGGAAAAAUGAUCAUGCCAACUGAGCAUGCCAAUUUUUUAACUAUUAUUCCAGUUAUUUCGAAUUUCUACAGCUUAUUGAGAAGGGUUGACCGUGCUAUUGGGAUUCUAAAUGCUCCAUCUACACCGACAAAUCAAUCCUAUCAUAGAUUAUCAAAUUCGUCACCACAAAAAGUUAUCUCAGUAUUGAAACUCCCGCCUCCUGUGGUUUCUUAA